AUGGUGGAGAGUCACUGCAACGCCUCGAUCGAGGAGGCGUUUCAUCUCAUGGACGUGUUUCUUGAGUGGAAGCUAACAUCGAAUCUUCAGGUGUCCACAUCGCUGCUGUCCAUCUACAUGCGCCGUCGUGAAGUAGGCAAUGCUGUUGCGCUCAUUGGUGCGAUGGAAGAGCAUGGUAUCGUUCAGGAUGUGAAGGCAUUCACGACUGUGGCGUUCUAUUAUGCAUCUCGCGGUGACUGA